AUGUUAAUGCGUGGCUAUUCACGUAUAGGCUCAUCAUUUUGCAACACACUGAUACGGUACUUGUCCACAUAUGUCGGAAUUGAUCCUCAUAACAGUCUUAUAACGAAAGUAGAAUCAAGUCGAUCAUCGGGGAAGUCUGGUGUCCUUGGGGAUACUAGCUUCAUAGCGAAGGAUAAUAUAACAACUAAAGGUACCUUUACCACCAGUGGAUCUCUAAUGCUUUCGAAUUACAAAAGUCCAUUCGAUGCCACAGUUGUAGACCUAUUAGAAGAAGCUGGUCUGAAACUUAUAGGUAAGGCCAACUUGGACGAAUUUGGGAUGGGAUCUUCAAAUACAAACUCCUAUUAUGGAAGUACCCUCAAUCCAUUGUAUGAAAAUGAGGAGCGUGUGCCCGGUGGUUCUUCUGGUGGCUCUGCAGCAGCUGUUGCAGCAUCAUUAGCAUCAUUUAGUCUAGGUACUGAUACUGGUGGAUCAGUUAGAUUACCGGCCAGUUAUUGCGGAGUGAUUGGUUUUAAACCAAGUUAUGGUAGGAUCUCCAGAUGGGGGGUUAUUGCAUAUGCACAAAGUCUAGAUACCGUUGGUAUACUUUCAAAAGACGUUGCUUUAGCAGAAAGAGUGUUCAAUGUUUUAGACAAAUACGAUGACAAAGAUCCAACCUCAUUACCAGAAAGUAUUCGAACUCAAGUUGAGAAACACCAGCACCUCUCGUCUAAGUCUAAGUUUGUUAUCGGUAUACCACAGGAAUUCAUACUUGAAGACUUAACUGCACAAGCCAGAUCCCAGUGGCUGCAAGUUUUAGUCAAGUUAUUGAAAGCUGGUCAUGAGUUAAAGCCGAUAAGCAUCCCUAGCAUUAAAAAACUGCUUUCGUCUUAUUAUACUCUAGCUACCGCAGAAGCUGCUUCCAACUUAUCUCGUUUCGACGGAGCUAGAUACGGUUUUAAUGAUGAAGAAGUAAAAGAAACAGCUUACAAAACUCUAACAGAAAACCGUUCUAAAGGAUUUGGGCCAGAGGUUCAAAGGAGAAUUUUAUUGGGAAAUUAUACUUUGUCUUCUGAGUCUGGAAAUCAUUACUUAAAGGCUAAUGAACUUCGUCAAAGAUUAGUGGGAGAGUUCAAUGAAACAUUCAGAUUUUAUAAUCCACUUUUAUCUGAAUAUGUUUCUAAAUCAAAUGGUUGUGAUAUUCUCAUUUCUCCAACUUCAAUUGAUCCGGCCCCUACUAUUGACGAAUAUAAGAGUAAAUCUAAAGAAAACUUUCUUACUGGUUACAUAAAUGAUAUUCUAACCAUUCCUGCAUCAUUAGCUGGAUUACCUGCUAUAUCGAUUCCCUUACCAGCAGCGAAACAAGGUAUUCAAUUGAUGGCACAGUAUGGUGAUGAUAAAACUUUGCUUCAAGCAGCAAAAUCAAUAGAAAAAUUGCUUAUUUAG